AUGAGGGCAGCAGCAGAACUGGUGGCUUGUGCUGCUGCUGUUCACGUGGUGGCGCUGCGCUGCCUGCUGGAGGCGUACGUACACCUGACGGAUGUGCACUCGCUGGCGACCCAGCACUUUGGAGCCUGGCAGCGGCUUUGCUGCUGCCUCGGUUACGCUCAGAAAGGGCUUGUGGCCUCCCUGCGUCUGGCCUGGGAAGCCUCUUUCUGCCGCAGCAUGGUGCCUUUUAUUUUGCACCGCACGCUGCCGUGUGACGCUGCUGCUGCUGCUGCUGCUGCACCGCAGCAGCAGCAGCAGCAGCAGCAGCAGGCAAGGGCCCUCGACGGCCUCUGGGCACUGGAGCCUCCGGGGGGGCCCCGCGUUCGCUUCGAAAAGCUGCAGCAGCUGCUGCAGCUGCUGCAGACAACUACAGACACGCAGCAGCUUGCUGAAGAGUGGCGAUCUUCUUUGAGCUUUUUGGACUGCCGUUUGCCGGAUGUGCUCGACUACAAGCUGUGA